AACAAAUGAGAACAAUAAUGGCUAAAAACCAACAUGAGUCCUUCUCUUUUUCAAGAAGGUACUUCAAUUUCAAGAAAAAAGUUGAAGAUGAAGAGUAUGAUGAUGAAGUUUACUUAAAUGAUUUCCACUCUUCCUCGCUUAGAGGCGAGGAAGAGUAUUUUGGGAUGCAUUCUACAGCGAAUGCAUCCACAGUAAGCAAGAAACUGUCGCGUUCGACAGUUUCUAAGCUUCGUUCGGCUCUUACUUUUGGUAAGAGCCGAACACAAAUAGGGCUUGGGAGUAAAGUUGUUGGUACUUUAUUUGGUUAUAGAAGAGGACAUGUUCAUUUUGCAUUUCAAGAAGAUCCUAAAUUGGGCCCAGCAUUCUUUGUAGAAAUGGCCACUCCUACAAGUCAUUUAGUUAGAGAAAUGGCAUCAGGAUUGGUUAGAAUUGCAUUAGAAUCAGAUAAGAGGACAGGGAAAAAAGGGGUAAAAUUGCUAGAAGAGCCAAUUUGGAGGACAUAUUGUAAUGGUAGAAAAUGUGGCUAUGCAAUGAAAAGAGAAUGUGGGCCUGAUGAAUGGAAGAUUUUGAACUCUAUUGGGCCUGUUUCAAUGGGUGCUGGAGUUUUACCAAGUGAUGGUGAUGGAAUUGGGUUAGAAGGUGAAUUAAUGUAUAUGAGGGCUAAAUUUGAAAGAGUUGUUGGGUCAAAAGAUUCUGAGGCCUUUUACAUGAUGAAUCCUGAUGGUCAUGGUGGUCCUGAACUUAGCCUUUACUUGCUUAGGGUUUAAACCGUGGCGUUCUAGUCAACUUGUGUUGUCUCGACUAUUUCACUGAGUACCUUGUUAUGUUCGGGUUGAAUUAUAUAUGUAUUAGUAUAUGAUCAUAAGUUCUUAUGAAGACAUAAGAAGUUAGUUUUUUAUGAU